AAGCGUGUUCUUCAUCCUCUUACUUUCACACUCUCUUUUCUCCCUCUCAUCGAAUCCUUACACUCCGAUUCCGAAUCUCAGGUCUCUCCAUUUCCGAAUUACUUCUUCUUCUUCCGAUUCACUUCACUGAGUCAACUCAGUUCAAUUUCCAGAUUUCUUCCUCUCUUUCUCUUCGCCAUCUGAGUUUCUUCUCGAUCUUUCUCUCUCAGCUGUUUGUUUGUUCAGUGGUUGGUCUGUUCAUUUCAUCGCCAUUGGCUUUUCUGGUUUGUUUAUCGCUAAUCUUUCUCUUUUUUGGCGAUUGGAUUUUCUUCCCUUUUGAGAAGGAGCUACACUGUGGCAUGGGUUUAAUUCUUGUACUUAUUCUAUUUGAUUUUGGAUUUUCUCCGGUUCGAUGAUUCCCAUGGAAAUUUCCGUGAAAUUUACGAAUCUUCGUUUCGUUUGUUUCUUAUUGUUUCCCUCUGUUUUUCUUGCUAUUGAUUUCGUUUUUUAAUCCAAGUUUUUGAUUCUGGAAAUUUUGGUUAUCGAGGUGUUAGGGUUUUGUGUUGAAAAUGACGGCACCGGUGUCGAUUGAUGGGAAGGGGAAGGGAAGUAUUGAGAAUUUGGUGUCUGCUACUAGGUCGUUGAAGGCUAGUUUAGAGAAAUCUAGGGAUUUAGGGUUUGCGUUGCAGAAAGCUGGGUCGAGAUUGGAGGAUAUUAGCCAAAGAUUGCCGACUUUAGAAGCAGCUGUUCGGCCUAUUCGUGCUGAUAAGGAAGCUCUCGUCGCCGUCGGUGGCCAUAUAAAUCGAGCUGUUGGCCCAGCGGCGGCGGUGCUUAAGGUUUUUGAUGCGGUUCAUGGCCUUGAAAAGUCUCUGUUAUCGGACCCGAGGAAUGAUCUGCCUGGUUAUUUGUCGGUGUUGAAACGUAUGGAAGAGGCAUUGAGGUUCUUGGGAGAUAACUGUGGACUUGCAAUCCAGUGGUUAGAGGACAUAGUUGAGUAUUUGGAAGAUAAUAAUGUUGCUGAUGAGAGAUAUCUUGCGAAUUUGAAGAAAUCUUUGAAAAUUUUGAGGGAUUUGCAGAGUGAUGAGGAUAGAAUUCGGCUUGAUGGGGGGCUUUUGAAUGCUGCUUUAGAUAAACUAGAGAACGAGUUUAGGCGUCUUUUAACGGAGCACAGUGUGCCCCUUCCCAUGUCGUCUUCCCCGUCGCUCGGUGAGCAGGCGUGCAUUGCUCCAUCUCCAUUGCCUGUGACUGUUAUUCAAAAAUUGCAGGCUAUUCUUGGGAGAUUGAUUGCUAAUAAACGACUCGAUAGAUGCAUAUCCAUUUACGUUGAAGUUCGUAGUUCUAACGUUAGGGCUAGUUUGCAGGCUCUUGAUUUGGAUUACUUGGAGAUAUCGGUUUCCGAGUUCAACGAUGUGCAGAGCAUUGAAGGGUACAUUGCAAAAUGGGGAAAGCAUUUGGAGUUUGCUGUGAAACACUUGUUUGAAGCUGAGUUCAAGCUUUGUAAUGAUGUUUUUGAGAGGAUUGGAUUGGAUGUUUGGAUGGGCUGCUUUGCAAAGAUAGUAACACAAGCAGGUAUUCUUGCAUUUCUUCAAUUUGGGAAGACUGUAACAGAGAGCAAGAACGAUCCUAUUAAGCUAUUGAAGUUGUUAGAUAUCUUUGCAUCCUUGAACAAACUGAGACUCGACUUUAAUCGGCUCUUUGGCGGGGCUGCGUGUUUGGAAAUUCAAAACCUGACUCGGGAUCUCAUUAAGCGGGUUAUCGAUGGCGUGGCCGAGAUUUUCUGGGAACUUCUAGUUCAGGUGGAGUUACAGAGGCAAAACUCUCCACCUUUAGAUGGGGCAGUUCCAAGGUUGGUUAGCUUCAUUAUUGAUUACAGUAAUAAACUGCUCAGUGACGAUUAUCGGCCGAUCCUGACCCAAGCUCUCGUCAUUCACCGAAGUUGGAAGAAGGAAAAGUUCCAAGAGGGUCUUCUUAUCGGUGAGGUUACGAACCUUGUUAGAGCCAUCGAGCAGAAUCUGGACGCUUGGAUAAAGGCUUAUGAAGAUUCUACCUUGUCGAACUUUUUCGCCAUGAACAACCAUUGGCAUCUACAUAAGCACCUCAAAGGAACGAAAGUUGGAGAACUAAUGGGAGAGAAAGUAAAGGAACAUGAACAGUACAAGGAUUACUAUGCUGCAGUUUUCUUGAGGGAUAGCUGGAGUAAACUUCCUAGCCAUUUAAGCAGGGAGGGCUUGAUCAUGUUCUCGGGUGGGCGUGCUACUGCCCGUGAUCUCGUCAAGAAACGUCUUAAGACGUUCAAUGAAGCUUUUGAAGACAUGUAUAAGAAGCAAUCAGUCUGGGUUAUAACUGACAAAGAAUUGAGGGAGAAGACAUGCCAGCUUAUAGUUCAAACAAUCGUGCCUGUUUAUCGCAGCUACAUGCAGAAUUAUGGUCCUCUAGUCGAGCAAGACCCGAGUUCGAGUAAGUAUGCGAAGUACACCGUACAGAAUCUGGAGAAAAUGUUACUGUCCCUUUAUCAGCCAAAGCCACUUAGGUUCAGCAGCCUUAAAGUUAGGCAGACUAGUGGGAAAUUCAGCAAUGGCGCAGCCGAUCAUCGUCGUUCCAACUCCAUGGUUAUGUAACCAUCCAACCACCAUUUUUGUGCUGUGUAUAACCCGGGAAGAAGCCACAUCGAUGGAUGAUCGAAUUCGACUCCUGUAUCCCAAAUUGCUAGACACCUCGAACGGUUUCGUACAAUCACUUCAUUUGAUGCAAAGGAGAAAAGCUUUUCUAUACGUUGUCAUCGUCAUCUAAUGCUUUUCUCCGAAGAAUCGUCGAUGGGGCGUCUAAAAUCAUUCUCUAGCCGCAACGAGGAAUGAAAUACUGGCUCCCUAGCUCACGAGGAUUCUGCAUCUGGCUUUGUGAGCUGAAUGAAAAACAACCUCAGACAGCCAUGAUAGAUGAUCAGGUUUGUAGAUGAUACUUUAAAAUAUACUUAUUGGUAUUCCAUUUCCUUUCACUCAUUGAUUAAUCAAGCCAGAUGAGCAUCAGCAGUAGUCUUAUCUGCUUGUGAUGAUGCCUCAUGAUUCUUUCUUUGCUGUCUGUUCUUUUUCUGGAUAAUGAGAAUAGUUAGCCAUUGUUCUUAAUUCAUUGAUUGUGACACCGGAAGUUCAUAGCA